UCUUUGUUGCCCAACUACAGCAAAGAUAAACUCUGAUUUUGCUCAGUUGCUUCAUAUGAACUUAUUAAUUCUGGAGCGCCCUCUGGAGGCUGAAUAAACAGGGUAAACGGUCUGGAGUGGGUGCUCUUCUCUAUAUAGACUCUCUGUUGAACGAAGGGGAGGAGGAGAGGGGUCUGGACUAAAAUUUCCUACAGAUUAAUGAUCUAUCAGUUCCUCCUGCAGGCAGUUAAGAGAAAAUCAUUCUGGUAAAAUUACAGCACAGCAUAAAUAUAUCACGAUUUAACGUCGGAAUUAGCUGGAUAAACCUGUAAUAUUAAGAAGUACAGUUCAUUCUACAGCCAGUAGGACAGCACCUCAAAUCAAACCAUGACUGCCAAUGGCUUCAAGGAUGACCUCCAAUUUCUUUUGCAAGGUGUGUCUGAGUUUGACAUUCAGGGGGAACUUGUGCCGUCUGAUAUCUUGGUGCAUGGAUCUUCAGCAUUUCCUAUUGGAUUCACCCCAGAUGGGCAGACGUUCUGUGCUGGGGCCCUCUACGGACAGGGUCGUGUAAUUGUAGUCAGCCAUGAAUCUUACCUAGGUCGUGAACCACUGUCCACUUUCAUGGUCAAUGCCAUCCACUGGCUUGAUCAAAGGCGUAAUGGUGUUAUCGGAGUCUUGCCUGAACUUAAAAGCAUCUGCAGCCUGUUGAGCAAGUCAGGGCUACAGUGUAGGAUCACUGAGCUUCAGGAGGACCUGAGUGUGUUUGUCUGCACCUCCUACAGUGAUGCUCAGUGUGAAGAGAUUCAGGAUUUUGUUGCUGCUGGUGGAGGCCUUCUGAUUGGUGGUCAUGCUUGGUGGUGGGCCCACUGUAAUCCUGGCUGUAAUGUGAUGACCGAUUGCCCUGGAAAUCGUAUUCUUGACAAAAUGGGAAUAUGUCUCUCAGAUAAAACAGUGAAAGCUGGAAAGUACAAGGCUCCAGAGGUGAACCAAGACGUCCUCACCUCUUCAGGGCUGUACCAUUUCCAGAACAUGCUGCAACGCUUAUCUGGCCAUGUUCUCCAGAACCAGAAGCUGGGAGAUUAUGAACUGCAGUUUCUGAAGAAGUUUGGCAGGGACUGCAUCAGUUAUCUCCACAUGCAGGCACAUGACUCUGACAUGUACAAGUCAGUAGUCGAACGCCUCAAAGAUUUGGUUAAGGCAGGAUUUCCACAGGUGUCUCCUGAGCGUCCUGUUAAAAGUCCAAUGGAUCGUUUGCUUCUUCUGGUGGGAACAGAGCUAUUCAGGGUUUGCAGAUUCUCCAAUGCACUUCUGUUAUACAAAACAGUUGAUGCACCAAACCUACCAUCAGUGUCUAACGCAAGAGUUUGGAUCAGUAUUACUACAUCAGAUAAAGAAGAAUGGAUAAGCACAGGUCUGUAUCUCUCACCUGGAAUGAAGACUAACAUCACAGUUCCCAGAACAAUCACAGGAAAAGGGUGGCAGGUGCAGAUCGGUUGUCAGACUGAUCGUUUACGCCACGCAGACGAACUGAAACGAGCUCAGAAUGUGUGUGAGCGUUUCCGUUUGGAGAAAGAGAGUGUUGAGGUUUGUAAUCUGUGGGGAGGACUCAUAUACCUGAUCGCUCCUCCUAGAAGUUCAGUACAGAACGUGGAGGUUGUGGUACAGAGAGCCGUAAAAGCACCGUACUACAAGUCUGGACAGACCAGUGUAUCUGAUUGGGUAUCCCAGAUCCGUAAAGCCCCAGCCCCCUGGGCAGAGCUGGAGUUUGAGAAUCUCAUCAUGACCAUGCCAUCAGAUGUGAUACGCCACCUGGAUCAUCCUGACCAUGUUGCCACUCUCUGGAACUCCAUUAUGAGGAGUGUGGCUGACUUGGCCGCUAAGCCUGCAUUGUUUCCCCGCAAGGAACGCUUUGUUGCUGAUGUUCAGAUUUUGGCUGGCUUUAUGCAUUCUGGUUACCCCAUUAUGAUGCACACAGUCUCUGCUCCAGACCUGGUGAAUCCAUAUGUUUCUGGCAAAAGUGACUUUUGGGGACCUGUCCAUGAGUUGGGCCACAACCAGCAACACUCUGAUUGGGAGUUCCCACCCUAUACUACUGAGUGCACCUGUAACCUGUGGUCUGUGUAUGUGCAUGAGGUGGUGCUGGGUGUGAAGAAGGCAGAUGCUCAUGGGCAGAUGACCCCGCAGAGACGACAAAACCGAAUUAAAAAAUACAUCGAGGGUGGACGAAACCUGAAGGACUGGACAGUCUGGACAGCCUUGGAGACUUAUAUGCAGCUGCAGGAAGAGUUUGGCUGGGAUGCGUUUAAGAAAGUCUUCGCAGCUUACCAUGACAUGACCGGCGUACCACAGGACAACAAGGGCAAGAUGAACCUGUACGCUGAAACCUUCUCUAAGGUGGUGAACAGGAAUCUGACCCCCUUCUUCAAAGCCUGGGGCUGGCCCAUCCAGCCCAGUACUGAAGAGCAGCUGUGCAGCCUGCCCGAGUGGAGGGACCACCCUCUGGUCCAGUACGACUAGCCUAUUUUGUGGAGAAAAUAUACAUUCUGAUUUUAUUUCUAAUUUGAAACAAACCCACACUUCCUGUAAGGAACUCUGGGACAACAACAUCAGUGCCUUUUGUUAACAACCUCACAUCUAGCCACAUACAUGUAUUAUGGACCAAUACCAGGCCUGCCAGUAAAGAAAAUGUACUGACUAUUAGCCACUUAAUAAAGAGCAAUUAUCAGGUCAAACUGCAAAACAGCUUCUUGUCUACUGAACACUUUGUGCCCAAAUUACUUUUGAAGAAUUCAUUAACAGAAAUAUGCUUACAUAUUCCAGCUUCUACUGGGGGUGUUUACUCACAGUACAAUACAAAUAUGUUAUUUUAAUUUUAUUGUAUUUGUUUCUAUAACUUUGAUGUGGUUAGGUCACAUUUUAUUAGUAAUCAAUGCAGCAAAACAUUGAUCAGAAUUUUAUCUUAUUUUCUAAACUUUAUACUCAGACAAGCUCAACUUGCCUUCUGUUUGAAUCUAUUCCUUUUUACAACUCAGCAAAAAUACUACAAUGUGUGACUGUCCAGAUGUAAAUUAUUAGACUGGAUAUUUUAACAGUUAAUAGUUUUGAAUAUGUAUUGUUUUGCUUUUGCCUAUGGAACUUUAUGCUAAUAAAA